AUGAUUAAGUUAUCAGCUCUUUUUUUUCUACUUUAUUUAUAACUUGUUACAAGCCUUCCAAAAUCUCGAAGAUUAAAUUAAAAUACUAAAAGAAUAUUGGAUGAAACUCCUAUUGACAUAUCAGGUAGUUGGGAGCCACUUAGGAUAAAAUUUGAAUUUGUGACUGAUGCUGAUAAUGAAACAAAAGAUUUUUUGGAUAAAAUCUUCUCAAUAUCAGGGACUUUUUUGUCAAAAUAUCUGUUGAUAAGAAGAAGUUCUGAAAAAAUAUAAUUACCUAAAGAUGCACCAACCUAAUUUUCGGAAUUUUUUGAACUGAGUUAAAAGUAAUUAUCAGAAGAGCAUGAGGCUGAUCUGGUAAAUUAUAUAAAUAAUAUAAAAUAGGUAUUUUAUGUGACCACAAUGAAUGAUAUUAAUGAUGAAACAUUAGCUUUUUGUGCUCCUAUUGUUUUUGAUGAUAAAACAAAAAGACCCAUAUUUGGUGUAAUAGGGUGGAAUAUGGCAUAUACUGAUGUAGGUACAUUAACGAAUGCAGGAUAUGAAGCAUAAAUAGCAACAGCUGUUCAUGAAAUUAUUCAUGGUCUUGGAUUUGUAGAGGAUCUUUUUGAUAAAUAUUAUGAUUCUGUAACUGGUGAGAUCUAUGAAAAUGGAGGUAAAACUGUAGAUAAUGGUGUUGUAAAUAUAAUAACACCUAGAGUUGUUGCAUUUGCAAGAAAGCAUUUUGGAUGUGAAAGUAUAACAGGAUUGCCAAUGGAAUAAGAAGGUGGAGAUGGUACUGCAGAAUCUCAUUGGGAAAGAACACUAUUUUAUAAUGAAAUGAUGACAGGAUCAGAUAUGAUUAGUGAUUUCGUAUUAACUGAUUUCACUUUUUAAUUGUUAUAAGAUACGGGAUAUUAUAGAAUAACUGAAUAUAUUCCUGAUAUAUUAACAUGGGGAGAAGGUAAAGGAUGUACUUUUUAUGAUUAAAUGUGUGAAUCUGAAUUUCCUGAAUUUUGUUCGGAUGAAGGCAUUUAAGGUUGUGCAAUAACUCAUAAUGGAAUUGGAAAAUGUAUUAGUGAAGAUUUAUCGAACACUUGCAAAUAUUAUUAAAUAGAUUAAAAUUUAGAUUGUAGAAAUGCUAAUUCUAUUGGAUAUGCUGAUAAUGAAGUUACAUUUUAAGAUUUCGGUUAUAAAAGUAUGUGUGUUGUAGGAGGAUUUGCAACACUUAAUGGUACUCCUAAAGAUUUUAGUUGUUAUGAAUAUAGUUGUGAUGGUUCUUUUACUAUAAAAGUAAAUGGUUAAUCAAUCGAUUGUUCAUCUGGAGGAGUUAAAACUCUUCAAGGAAUGAAUGGAAGUAUCACUUGUCCAGAAAAUUUUAUGCAAUUUUGUAAGAAUGCUGAUGAAUGUCUUAAUUAAUGUAAUAAAAGGGGAUUUUGUAUGAAAGGAUUAUGUACAUGUUAUGGAGAGUAUUAUGGAUCUAGUUGUGAAUUAGAAAAUUGUAGUAAAUUUAAAAAAGGUACUGAAUGUGUUGAUUCCUGUCCUUCUGGAUAUUUUCUAAAUAAAAAUAUUAAUUAUUGUAUUGGAUGUCCAGGAGUAAAAAUAUUUAUAUUAUUCUAUUUAGAAUUGUGCUGCUUGUUCAUCAUACAAUCUUUGUACAUAAUGUAAUGAUGGUUAUGAAUUACGAGGAGGAUUCUGUGAUAGCUUAGCUAAUUUUAGUCAUUCAAACAUUUUUAAAUUCAUUCUAUUUCUAAUAAUGGUUUUAGUUUAUUGA